AUUAUAGUUUUAAGAUAGCAAAAAAUGCCAGUAUUAAAUUAUUUCUAAACUUAAAAGCAUUAAAAACAUUUCACAUUACUAAAUUGAUAACUCAAUUUUCUUAGAAGAAUUACGGUGUCAAAAAGAUUAUUUUCAUCAAAUUGUAUUUAUGUUUAUACAUGAUUCAAGAUGAAUUAUUUAAAGAAAACAUCUUGUUUUCGCAUUCCCAUGGUUAUUUAUGACCAUCCUUCACAAAUCAUAUAACUGUUUAUUUAAAAAUGAGAUUCUGUAUACAUAUUAAAAAGACACAAUUAACAUGUAUCACAUAAUAAGAGUAAUUUUAUACAGACUAUGGGUGGUUGCUAUGUUAAUUUUAUUUUCUAGUAUAAUAGUGUUCUGGUUUUAUGGAUCAGCUAUAGGCGCCAUCGUAUUUACGCUGGGAUUUUCAGGAAUCCUAUACAAUGCUCAAGAUCUUCUGUUGUACUACCCAAAUGAUCCACCUGAUUCUAGAGCCUUUGUUUUACAACCAAGUAAUUACAAACUUCCUUAUGAGAGUAUUAAAAUUAAUAGCAAAGACGGAGUGAAAAUUCAUAUUUUCCUUAUAAAACAACAAGACAAUAGUAACAAUGUCCCAACUAUGAUAUUUUUUCAUGGAAAUGCGGGCAAUAUGGGUCAGCGACUAGCUAAUGUAUCUGGAUUUUAUCACAAGCUCAAUAUCAACAUAUUGAUGAUGGAAUACAGAGGGUAUGGCCUCUCAGAAGGGUCACCAUCAGAACAAGGAUUGUAUAUUGAUGCACAAACUGCCUUUGACUAUCUAAUGCAAAGAAGUGAUAUUGACAGGAAUAAAAUAUUCUUAUUUGGAAGAUCAUUAGGUGGAGCGGUAGCUAUUGAUCUUGCUUCUAGAUUAGAUAACAGAAAUAAACUUUGGGCAAUGGUAAUUGAAAAUACUUUCACAAGCAUUCCAGAUAUGGCUAAUAUUAUUCUCAAAUGGAGAUGUUUACUAUGGCUUCCACAAAUAUGUCAUAAAAAUAAGUAUUUGUCUUUAAAGAAAAUUGGGAAUGUUGUCACCCCAACACUAGUUGUAUGUGGUACAAAUGAUGCUUUAGUGCCACCACCAAUGGCCAAAGAGCUUUACUUUAGAUGUGGAGCUGUCUGCAAGAAGAUAGCUGAAAUGCCUGGUGGAGGUCAUGACAACACUUGGACAUGUCGAGAUUAUUAUUCUACAAUACAACAGUUUCUUGUGAAUUUGCCUCCGGUAACAAAAAAUAUAGUCCCUUUUUUCGAUAGUGAAAGUGAGCCCCACAAAGUUGUACAUAUUGUAUAGCUUGCACAGAAGUACUAUCUCAUUAUAUAAGUGUUGUUAUAUAAUGUAAAAAUAUGUUUUUUGUUUUAUAUUUAUCUCUGGUUUAAUUGCACAAACAAAAAUGUAUGAGGGAUUUUACUUGUUCCUAGUAUUUGUAAUUUCAUAGUAUCAAAAGAUUUGAUAUAAAAAAUAUUAUUUAACAGUGGAAAUUUUGUUUCAGUAGAAAUGUAAUCAGUCAGUUUUUGCACAAGAUGUUGUCAUUACCAAGGCUUGUGCAAAAACUAUAUCAUUAUAUAAUCUAUCAAUAAUGCACAAUAUAAAUGAUAAAAUUAUUUGCAACAAUUUCGUCUCUGUUAUAACUCAUAUUUUUUCUAAUUUUUAUUAAAUAUGUAUAGAAUUGUCGACUGGUUGUUGAGUAACUAAAAUUUAAUACUAAAUAGUAUUGUAAUAACCUAAUAAUUGUAAUACCUUAUAUAUAUAUAUAUAUAUAUUUAUGAAGUGUAAUUUUUAAUUUAACACGAUUUUAUAUGAAGGUACAUAUUUUCUUGUCAUGAAGCCUUAAAUAACAUAAUAAUGCAUAGCAUGAUGAAUUAGUUAUAUGAAAUAUUUCAUUCUGCAUUUCUAAAUAUAUAGUAACAAUGUUUAUAUUUUUGUUCAUAAAAGAUCUAUCAGUUUUAUCUAAUCGAAUAUUAUACAAAGCCAGUACUGGUAACUAUCAAAACAUGAAAAUAAAUUCAUUCUGGUACUUGUCUGGUAUGGUCUAAAUAUAACUUUCUCUCUUAAAAUUAUUGUUUCAAGGUUACGAAACUUUCUAAACUUUCUACCGAAGCCUGAUAUAAAUAAUUGGAACCAGUUUUUUACUUUAUCCUGAGUUUCUUUUAUUUAAGUUAGUUCAAAUGUACGGCUUUCCCACAAUUUUUUUUAUAUUGUUUGACAUAUAAACAUAGAACUGCUUUUAAUUUUAAGGACUUCGAAAGUAGACAUGGUUUUUCCAACUUAAACUAUGCUAUGCUAUUAAUUUCGUAAAACACCAAUAAUGACAUGUUUUAUAUAUAAUUUUAAGAAUUUUUUUAUUAAUAAGGAACCGUUCAGAUGUGACGUAAGCACUAUAGGGGAAGAGGGUUCUUAGAUUUUUUUAUUUGGUGAUGUGUACAUAUUGCCUGAAAACGAAAUGCAGUUUCGAGAAUACCUACAAAAAAUUGAUAUGUUUAUGUACUGUUAUUUUUGAGAGCAUUGCUUACUUUUGCUGACUUUGACUGGAGGGUAGAUAACUUUCAGUAAAUCUGCUUAUGUGAUACUUGAACGGCCCCUAUAAAUCAUAUUAAUGUGAAUGGCAUGUUAAAUAUCAAAGUGUA